UGAAAGGGCGUAGGCUUUGGGGCGUAUACUGUUGCCUGCUGGUCGUGUAGCGGAGACACCAGAAGGGAGGCCUCGGUCGAAUGAGGAAACCUCCAUUAUCAGGAAGCGGAGGGGGCAGCUUUCCCAGUGUGUGCAGCGGCCGCCGCCAGAAGCUCAGCGGAGAGGUAGACAUUGAAGCCUUGAAAUCGCCACCAGGAAUUAAGAUUUACCCAUAACCUUCUACUACUGACCGUGAGCGUCUGUCGGACGUUUGCAGUCUGUUCGCCAGCCGCCGUAUCCUUAAUGGUCUGUGGGGCAGAUGACCAGCGCCCGCCGAUUAUAAAGAAGUGUCUUGCAUUUAGAUGGAGACGUCAGAUGUGCUGAUCCAGUAUUAAUCCUAAAAUGCAGCCCCCCUCCAUAAAGAUGUGGCUUUAGAACAUUCACAAUGCCAAAAGUCGUCAGUGUUGGAAACUAUAUCAGGACAUCUUAGCCAACUGGAAACGGGAGGCGGUGUUUUUCUUGGAUGCCCUGAAAAACGUGCUGUAUCGCUGGGCCUGCAUCGUUGCUGUAGACAAUCUGCAGACGUUAUCUUCGCUCUGUACCUGAUCCAUACAGUGUAAUUCUAAUUGUAUUCAUCGUCGUCACCGGGCAGUACAUCAACCAUCAUGUCUACCUCCUCGCUCCGCCGCCAGAUGAAAAACAUUGUUCACAAUUACUCUGAAGCUGAAAUCAAAGUCAGAGAAGCCACGUCGAAUGAUCCAUGGGGCCCAUCGAGCUCCCUCAUGUCCGAAAUUGCCGAUCUCACUUACAACGUGGUGGCGUUCUCCGAAAUCAUGAGCAUGAUAUGGAAGCGGCUAAACGACCAUGGGAAAAACUGGAGACAUGUCUAUAAAGCUAUGACUCUAAUGGAGUAUUUAAUAAAAACGGGCUCCGAGCGGGUAGCACAGCAGUGCAAAGAAAACAUAUAUGCUAUUCAGACACUGAAAGAUUUCCAGUACGUGGACAGAGACGGGAAAGACCAAGGUGUGAAUGUCCGAGAGAAGGCGAAACAGCUGGUGUCUCUACUGAAGGACGAUGAGCGGCUGAAGGAAGAAAGAGCGCACGCGCUGAAGACCAAGGAGAAGCUCGCACAGACAGCUACAUCGUCGUCUGCGUCAUCAACACUGAACCCACCAGUCGAAGGAGAGCAGGCCUGGCCGCAGAGCAGCGGAGAGGAAGAACUACAGCUCCAGCUUGCUCUAGCCAUGAGCAAAGAAGAGGCGGAGCAGGUAAGAGCAAAGCCCCCUCCUGUGUCCGAAGAGGAAUUGCAGCUUCAGCUUGCACUUAGCAUGAGCAAAGAGGAACAUGACAAGGAGGAGCGGAUCAGGAGAGGAGAUGACCUCAGGCUUCAAAUGGCCAUUGAAGAAAGCAGGAAGGAAGCACCAUCUAAGCAGGAAGAGUCUUCCCUAAUGGAUUUAGCAGAUGUCUUCAGUUCUCCUGCUGCCCCCACAUCAGACCCGUGGGGCUCUACAUCUGCACCUUCCGCUGAUCCUUGGUCCGGAGCUGUGAACACUUCAGCAGUGUCUGCCGUGUCUGAUCCCUGGGGAGGGCCUCCGGUAGCUACAGGAGCAAGUACUGACCCAUGGGGUGCUGGUGUCCAGACAAACAGUGCUCCCACCGACCCCUGGGCGGGGACCCCAGCAGCUUCUUCAGGGGAUGCCAAGUCUGUGCCUGACCCGUGGAAUGUAGGAGGUGCAGCGACUACUGUUGCCGCCCAGAGCACUGACCCUUGGUCUUCAAGUCCCUCUGUGGCAGCUAAGCAAAAGGCAGACCCUUGGGCUCCGGCAGCAACUUUUUCCGAUCCUUGGGGAGGGUCUCCUUCUAGACCAAGUACAAAUGGGACAAUGGCCAGUACCACCUUUGACCAGUUCAUCAGUUCUGCAGAUAAAGAUGAGUUUUCCGAUUUUGACAACCUGAGGACAUCCCUUCCCCAUUCAGGAAGCAGCACAGGUGAGCUGGAUCUUCUAGCCGGGGAAAUUCCCAUGUCUCGCUCUCUUGGAUCGAGGAGUCCGGAUGCCUUUGACAUGGCGGUCAUGAGUGGUUCACUCUCUGAAAGCUCCAAGCCUACAAGGAAAACGCCCGAGUCGUUCCUGGGGCCUAAUGCUGCCCUGGUAGAUUUGGACUCUCUCAUUUCAAAACCCACCCUACAAAACAUAAAAACCUCAAACCCCUUCCUAGUGACAGGAGCAACCAGUUCGACAGCGACAAAUCCAUUCCAGCCCAACCAACAAUCAUCUCUUACGUUGAAUCAACUGCGUUCCAGUCCUGUGAUGUCAAUGGGACAGCAAGUCACACCCGCCGGACCAACCCCUGCAGCGGUUCCAUUCAGUGCGGUGCCACCCAUGGUGUCUGUGUCCCCUAUGGCCCCAGGAAUUCCUCUAGCCGGCGUGCCCGCCAUGGUUGGGAUGCAGCCUGUGGGUGGCCUUCCAGUUGCUGCAGUGCCUCCAGGUGUUCCUCCCAUGAGCUUGCCUGCCAUGAUGCCACCGCAGCAGUUGGUGACGCAACCACUGGUCCCAAAUCUAUCAGCACAAGCUGUGACUAGUACCACCAACCCUUUCCUAUUAUAACCGGCUGGGGGGGGGGGGAGGAAUCAUUGAGUUUGUAAUGGUGAUGACGGGGGUGAUGGGUCGAAAAUGGCGUUAUCUUGCUACUACCACAGAAUGUCCCUGUAUCUUACAUCUUUUGUGGCAACCCUGUAUUAGCAGUGCCACUGACUUUUUGGGCUCUGCUUCCUUUUCACUGUGCCUCUGAAUUACCAAGAAAUAGUAUUUUUGCCCCCCUCCUCCGCAGUCCAGGUAAAGGUGUUUAGGUCGAAGACUAUAGAUUAAUAUUGUUUUCUGCAGGAUAAUUGAUAAUCAGUAGUGUUAAUGCCAGAAUGUUACCGACUAUGUUAUUUCCACCCCUCCCUAUCCUUUUUUGCAUUAAUUAGCAGCACUUCACAGUAUGGCUCGUUUUGUUUGCUUCUGCAUAGUAGCAGUCCAUGGGCUCCCAACUCAUGAGCCGAGCGAAACUUGCUUUUAACAUUUUUGGGUUCCCCCUCGCCGUAUGAAAUGAGUGAUUUGCCUACACGAUUUUACCUCCGGUUCCUGCCUCCCCUCCCCCCCUUUGACUUCAGUUCUACCCAUCGUUCCCUUCACCUCCCCUAGAAAUGACAUGUCGGCGGUUCUACCUGUAAAUACAGCACAUCGCCCCGAGCAUUUCCGCGUGAUUGGGGGCCACAUUAGGAUCUCGCCCUACGUCGAUAUAACACUAAAGGACUAAAGCCUUUUUCAGAUUUCUGUCGAGCAGGGGACGACUGGGGGACUUCUCGGUUGUAUUGCCAUAAUAGCAGGACAUUUCCUAUUUAUUAGAAUGAAUUCAUGAAUGCCGAUUCAGUGGAUUUUUAACCCUUGAGUUUAGUCCAUUUCUUUCCUAUUACCAUUACAAAUCAAAUCUGUGAUGUUGAUUUGUUUGAUAACCACUUAAUAAACUGAUGGGUUUGCUCUGUG